AGCAACGGGGGUUGAGUGACUAUUCCCAGUGAAUUUAGAAAUGAACAGUCUGAAUUAUAAUUUUGUAUCUUAUUUAAAUAGGUUGAAAUAGGGAUGGAGGCUCUGGUGAUAGCAAACACUGGCUUUGCCAUUGAAUUUUUCAAGCACGUGUGCAACAAUGAAAGCACCAAAAAUAUUCUGUUUUCACCCUGGAGUAUUUCAUCUGUCAUGGCCAUUGUGUAUCUUGGGGCCAAAGGACGCACAGCAGACCAGAUAGCAGAGGUGUUUCAGUUUGAUAAAGCUGGGGGCAUUGAGACCACUCAGAUUAGGAGACAACCACGAGCAUAUUCUAAAAUGGAGGAGCUGCUGUAUAACCCUUGCAUCUCUAUUCACAAGUUUAAGGCAUCCAUUGAAACAUCAAGCAACGUUCAUUCAAGAUUCCAGUCUCUUAGCCAAGAAAUCAACCAACCCGCAAAACAUUUUUUGCUUAGAAAUGUCCAUCAACUUUAUGGAGACAAAUCAGCAUCUUUCCGAAAAGAAUUCUUACAAUCAGUGAAGGAAUAUUAUAAUGCAAAGCCACAAGCAGUAAACUUCCAACAAGCUGCAGAAGAUGUCAGAAAAGAGAUCAAUGCCUGGGUUGAACACCAGACAGAAGGUAAAAUAAAAAACCUGUUAAAUGAAGGCUCUGUAGAUUCACUGACUCAGCUGGUCUUGGUGAAUGCACUGUACUUCAGAGGAAACUGGUCAAAGACAUUCAAGAAAGAAAACACAACAGAACAGCCUUUCAGACUGAAUAAGAGCACAAGUAAGCCAGUGAAGAUGAUGUUCCAGCAUGAUACAUUUAAUUGGAACUACAUACAAGAAUUACAGACUCAAAUUCUUGAGCUCCCCUAUCUAAAAAAUGACCUCAGCAUGUUUAUACUACUCCCUGAUGACAUUACUGAUGGUAGCACUGGUCUGGAAAGGCUAGAAAGAGCAUUGACUUACGAGGCCUUAUCCAAAUGGACUAGCCCAGAGGAAAUGGAAGAAGUGGACGCCAAUGUGUAUCUCCCUAGGGCCCAACUAGAAGAUCACUAUGAGCUGAAGUCAGUUUUGAGCAACAUGGGAGUAACGAAUGCCUUCAGCACAAGCCAAGCUGAUUUCACUGGGAUGUCUGAGAAAAGCAAGCUGGUUCUGUCCCAGGUUUUCCACAAGUGCUUUGUUGACAUAAAUGAAGAGGGCACAGAGGCUGCAGCUUCAAGCACUGCUAACGUAGAUGGACGAAGUGACCAGGGUGCCAUUUUGUUUGCAGCUGAUCACCCUUUCCUGUUUUUCAUCAGGCAUAACAAAACCAAGAGCAUUCUCUUCUUUGGCAGGUUCUGUCAUCCCUAAAGCAUUGCAGCUUUUUGCUUAGCAAACAGGAAGGAUCUUGCUGCAGCACAAAAUACACAACAUAGGCAGAGUUUGUACAAAUAUGUCUAAAUAGAGGGAGGUUUCUUCAUUUUCCUGUACUUGUGGGGAGAGGCAGAGCGUACAUAUGGCUACUGCUGAUAUGCUCAGCAAGAAGUCAAGUCACUGUUUAAAAAAAUGUGGAAACCUUCCAAAACCACCCAUGACAUGAUCUGCAUUUUAUUCUUUGUAACGCACAUCAAUCUUUGUAAAUUGUAUUUUUUAAUAUAAAUAUGGGCUAGAGUAAUAAGCUAGAUCUAAUUCUUUUCAAACUGUGAACCUUUUUUAAAAAGUAGUCUUGGAAAUCAAUGAAUUUAUAUCACCAUCCUCCUGGUUAUAUUUUUGUAAACUAAUGAUUAUCACACUUGGUAUUACAUUGUAUAGUAUAAACAGUAGAUUGCAAUUACUGUAUAUUGGGUGAUUUUAAUUUAUUGCAACAAAAUAUUUUGUUUUGUUGUUUCAUCCUUUUUUAAUACUAUGUUUUAUGAUUUCUUAACAUUGUCGUAUUGUCAAACUCUCUGGGAUUUUUGAAAUGAAAAACAUUACAGCUUGAGUAUCCCUUAUUUUGUAAUCCAAAAUGCUAGAAAAUCCAAAAUUCUCCACAUUCCUGGCUGAGAGUGUGGCACCUUUGCUUUCUGAUGGCUCAAUGUACACAAAUAUUGUUUCAUGUUCAAAAUUAUUUUAAAAUAUUGUGUGUUACAUUACCUUCAGGCUAUGUGCACAUAAAGCAUAAAUGAAUUCUGUGUUUAGGUUUGGGUUCCAUUUCCAAGAUAUCUCAUUAUCUAAAUGCAAAUAUUCUAAAAUCUGGAAAAAAAAAUCCCAAACACCUCUGGUCCCAACUAUGUCAGAUAAAGAAGUCUCAACCUGUAUAGAAAUAUCUUAAUAAAAAUUUAUAUACAUUGAAAA